CGCCAUAAGAACAUGAGCUAGAGAGAAGACGAUAUAUAGAACCAGACCAGAGCGAGUCUUUACAAUGGUAUCUCCACUGAAAAAUCUCAAAAUCUUAAGAAUCAUCUUCUUUUCUCCUUAAUCUGCAUAAGAAGAAACCUAUUUAUCAUUCAAUGAGACCGAUCAUAUCGUUUAUUGAUUGAUUUAUCGCAGAAAAGUUUGUCUGCCCCUUCCGCUUCCUUCCGGGUAUUGAUUUGUUUAAUUUUUCACUUGGAUCUGAAUUGAUAGUAUGGAUAGACCAGGAACUUCGACAAGAACAAAUGAAAAUGAGAACUUUGUUUUCGUGGACAUCCCUGAGUUUAGGUAUUUAAAUUUUGGAAAUACUUGUCAGAGUUCAUCUUCUAAGGUGGAAACCUCGAAAUAUAAGAAAACUAGAGCUGAAGAUGACAGUCAAGAUGUUGAGGUUGAAAUUGUUGGACAAAUGAAUACCGAUAAUAAUAUUAAUAAUAAUAGAAGUUUGAUUAAAGUUGAACAUCAAGACACAACCGAGAGUAGUUCAAGUUCGUUUGGUGAUACUUUUGGGGAAGAUGAGGAUUCUGCAAUGGACAGUGACGUAGAAGCUGAGUCAGAGAUGAAUGUACAUGAUGAAACUCUUCAGUCUAGGAAGAAGAAACUGUUGACACCUCAUUGGAGAUCCUUUGUACGCCCCAUAGUAUGGCGUUGCAAAUGGGCAGAGUUGCAAAUUAGAAAGUUUCAGUCCAUAGCCAGAAAGUGUGAUAAUGAACUUGAAAAAUAUCGUCAAACAAAGCAGUCUGUAUCUGAAAGCAUCGUGUCAGAUGAAUGUGGCUCAAAAUCAUUUCCUACCACUAGUCAUAAUCAAGGCAAGAGGAUCAUGAGAAGGAGGAAAAGGAGAAGAGUUGAAGAGACGGAAGAUGCAGCAUCAUAUAUGUCACGUCAUAACCUAUUCUCAUAUUAUGUGAAUAAAAAGUGUGCGUCGGAUGCUACUCGCAUGGAUGAUGGUUGGGGCUGCGAUGCUAUUCUGAAUGAAAAGAUGCCUAUAGAUGAUGACGAUCAUGGAGUUGACGAUGAAAUGCUACCUCUUGGAAUCCAAGAACGAGAUAUUUACUUUGAGCAGAUCAUGCGGAUGAUUGGAACUGUACACACACAAGUUAAAGAGAUGAAGAAUCAUCUCAACAAGCUAACUAGCGAAAACAGUUUAGUAACAGCUGAGUUAGUUGAUAAGUUAGACUUCCUUCUGCCAUCUAAUGAUACCUCUGCCAGCACUUCUGGAAACCCCGAGUCUCCUGACAACAUUGAAGAGACUGUGGUAGUAGCUCAGAAGUCUGGUGUCUCAUAUGAUAAUAAGAUUGUUGAUAUGCUGCCUAAGCCUGCUGAAAAAGCCAAAACAUUGAUCUGUCAAGAGGUUUCUAAAAUACCGGACAUGAUUGAAAGGAAUGAUGCUCAACCAAAGGAGGUCUCUCAAAUUCCAACUGUGAAGAAAGAGAUUGUAGUUUAUAAUCGAAGACCGAAGCAACCUAAAAAAGUGGAGAAAGUUAGUACGAGACCCGUGCGUAAACACAAGCCCCCAAAAUUCUUUGAUGAGAUGGAAACUACUACAAAUGUUGCGGUUCCAUGUAUUAAGGAGCCGCCGCCUGGUACCCCAUCGAAAGGAAGCCAGUCGAGUCCCAAAAUCCGAUCAAUUUCGAGUUUGACAGGCUCGACUAGUAAUAAUAGUAACAAGAGAAAGAGAAGUAAUAGGCGGAAGAGUUGGUCAGGUAGGCCCAAGCGGAAGUAAGUAGUCUCUGGAUAGGGGUUACAGCCAAAAUUGUUGCAUAUCAUCUUACUGCUAAAAAUGGGGUUGUUUGAAGAGCUUAGCAGAUCAGACUUAGUUAUCAGGAAAGGUUUGAAAAAUUCUUUCCCUCUCGUAUAUAUAGGCGUUAUUAAUAUUUUUAUGAUUAGGGGUUUUCUUCUCAGAGCGAGUAGAUGCAUGUGAUGAUAGAAUUCUUCUUCCCCUUGAAAAAAAUUUGCAAGUUAUUAUUUUAUUUUUUGGAUCCAAAGAGGGAUAUGGAAAGCUUUGUUUCUAUAGAAUGGUUGAAUUGUGAUAGGAAGAUACUUAGGUUGGUUUUUGGUUUUAGAAACUAUUGCUGUGUGAUUCUUGCAACGUUAAAAAAGAUUGUAAGAUUGCAUACAUAUUUGACUCA